UGUCGUCUUUAAACGAUGAACAAGCUGCUGGAGAGCUGUCAUAUUAACGUGAUUCCCCUCCCCAGCAUCCUCUGAGUGUGAUGGCAACCACGGAUGAGGUCAUGGGUGAGGUGGUCAUGGUGAAAACUGAGGCUGAGGAUGACUCUGAUGACCCAAGUAAGACACAAGUCAUCCUCCAGCUCCAGCCUGUUACCAUGGGAGACGAGUCCGUGGAAACAAACGCAGCUGUUAUGGCUGUUGAAACAAAUCCAGAACCAGCUGCGGUUGAGGCGGAGGAUGUUGAAAUCGGAAUCCCGAUAACAUGUGGAGAUAGUGAAGCUGUGCUGCUCGUCAAGAAGUUCGUGUGUCCGGGCAUCAACGUCAGAUGUGUCAAGUAUGAAGACCAACUCAUCAGUCCAAAGCAGUUUGUGCAUAUUUCUGGAAAAGCCACUCUGAAGGACUGGAAGAGAGCGAUCAGGAUGGGUGGAGUCAUGCUAAGAAAAAUGAUGGAUUCAGGUCAGCUUGAUUUCUACCAGCACAGUACACUGUGUACCAACACAUGCCGCAGCACCAAGUUUGACCUUUUGAUUAACAACACCCGGUGUCCUCUUGAAGGGAUUGGACUUUCCACACCCACAUCCUCCCACGCUCAGGUGGAGCUGAGUGACGGCAGCUCUCUGGGCGAGGACAGACCUGAGGUUCAGACCGGGCGGGCAGACUGGAGCUCCAGCUCUGUGGAGACACCUGAGAAGAAGAAAACUGCUGAGAUCUCAGAGGAGACAUUGAACUUCUGGAAGGGCGUAGCUGAUGUAGGUUUGCUGGGUGAAGUGGUCACCAACAUCAGUGCUGAGCUGCUGGCACUGCUGAACGGAGUUCGGCAGCGCACAGAACAAGCUGCCUUACAGGACACAGCUGGUUGUACCUUCAAUGAGGACUCCGACCCUGGCCUGUGCGAGUACCGACAGGGCCAAGAAGAUGACUUUGACUGGCAGCUGAUCAGAACCUACAACUGGCCACACCCGACCCCUGAUCUUCUACGUGGGUCCUUUAUGAUGGUUAACUCCUCUCAGCAUUUUGUGGGCCAGCGGGCUCAGCUGCUGCUCGUCCCGCUCAGUGAGAACGACACCCACUGCAUCCAGUUCAGCUACUUCCUGUACAGCCGUGACGGGCACAGCCCGGGGGACCUGCAGGUCUACAUCCGGGUCAACGCCGGCUCAAAGGGCAGCGCCGUGUGGAACAUCUCAGGAUCCCAGGGCCGACAGUGGCACCAGGUGGAGCUCGCCGUCAGCACCUUCUGGCCCAGUGAAUACCAGGUCAUCUUUGAAGCCACUGUUUCUAAGGACAGACAGGGCUACAUUGCUUUGGAUGACAUUGUGCUGCUGAAUUACCCCUGUUACAAGGUGCCUCAUUUCUCUCGGCUCGGUGACGUGGAGGUGAACGCGGGGCAGAAUGCAUCGUUCCAGUGUGUGGCCACAGGCAAAGUCUCAGAGGUGGAACCCUUCCUGCUGGAGCGGAGAAACAGCGCAGUGCUGAGCACGACCCUGUUGUCUCGGCUCAGCCACAAGCGGCUGAUGGCGACAUUCCAGGUGGAGGCGCAGCGCGGCGAGCAGGACCUCUACCGCUGCAUCACGCUGUCCCCCAGGGGCGCCGCCGUCUCCAACUUUGGUGAACUCAUCGUCAGAGUCCCGCCGACACCGAUUGCUCCUCCCCAGCUCCUGAGGGCGGGCCCCACCUAUUUGAUCAUUCAGCUCAACACUAACUCCAUCGUGGGGGACGGACCCGUCAUCCGAAGGGAGAUCCAGUACCGUGCCAGUCAGUCCACAUGGACGGAGACUCAUGGCGUGGGGUCGCUGACCUAUAAGGUUUGGCAUCUGGAGCCUGACACAGAGUACCGCAUCAGCGUACUGCUCACCCGACCUGGGGACGGUGGCACCGGGGCUCCUGGACCCCCUUUGACCAGCAGGACAAAGUGUGCAGAGCCUAUGCGUGCCUUGAGAGGUCUGACUGCAACAGAGAUCCAGCCCCGGCUACUGGCCCUUCAGUGGGAGCCGCUAGGCUACAACCUCACUCGCUGCCACACUUACUCCGUGUCUCUGUGCUACCGCUACUCCAUGCCAACAGGGGGCAGCGGCGGCAACAAUGCCACUGUUAGGGAGUGUCUGUCUGUGGAACAUAACACGUCUCACUUCACCCUCAGAGAUCUGCCACCUUUUCGCUCUGUGCACGUCCGGCUGGCAUUGGCCAAUCCUGAAGGCAAGAAGGACAGCAGGGAGGUCACUUUCCAGACUGAAGAAGACAUUCCUGGCGGCAUCGCUCCAGAGUCCCUGACCUUCACCCCGCUCGAUGAUAUGAUCUUCCUCAAAUGGGAGGAGCCUGUGGAGCCUAACGGUCUCAUCACCCAGUACGAGAUUAGCUACCAGAGUAUCGAGUCAUCUGAUCCGGGCAUUAACGUGCCGGGUCCUAGGCGUACAGUGUCCAAGCUGAGGAACGAGACCUAUCACAUGUUCUCCGGCCUGCAUCCCGGAACCACCUACCUGGUGGCCGUCCGAGCCCGGACCACCAAGGGAUUUGGCCAGACGGCGCUCACAGAGAUCACAACCAACAUCUCUGCGCCGGUGUUUGACUAUGAAGACGUUCCGUCUCCUCUGAGUGAGUCGGAGAGCACCAUCACUGUGCUGCUGCGCCCUGCACUGGGGCGAGGGGCUCCUGUCAGUGCUUACCAGGUGGUUGUGGUGGAAGAGGAUGGUGCCCGUCGGGUCAGGAGGAGGGAGCUUGGCACUGUGGACUGUUUCCCUACACCAAACUCCCACAGCGAGGCCCAAGCCAAAGGGGCCCCACAUUACUACACAGCUGAGCUCACCCCCAGCAGUUUGCCUGAGGCCACGCCCUUCACUGUGGGUGACAACCACACCUACAAUGGCUACUGGAACAGCCCUUUAGAUCCCACCAAGAACUACCUCAUCUACUUUCAGGCCACCAGCAACUUCAGAGGGGAGACCAGAAUAAACUGCAUCAGGAUUGCUCGCAAAGCUGCCUGUAAGGACUCUAAGCGGGCCCUGGAGGUGUCCCAGCAUGCUGAAGACAUGGGUCUGAUCCUGGGGGCCUGUGCUGGUGGACUGGUGGUCCUUAUUCUGCUCCUAGGAGCCAUCGUCAUCAUCAUCAAGAAGGGUAGGAAAAAGGUGGCCAUAAACAAGGCAGCCAUGUCCUACAGGCAGGAGAAGAGUCGGAAGCUGAGCUCUUUGGACUGCAGCAUGACGGAGCAGAGCACUCUUCAGCAGGACGAGAGGAUGGCUCACUCCUUCAUGGACGCCCACGGCUGCAACGCUCGAAAUGACCAGCGCAGCACAGUGAACGAGUCGAGCAGCUUGCUGGGUGGCUCACCUCACCGUCACUGUCGGAGGAAAAGCUCACCUUAUCACACCGGCCAGCUCCACCCGGCUGUACGGGUGGCGGACCUCCUCCAGCACAUCAACCACAUGAAGACCGCUGAGGGCUAUGGCUUCAAACAAGAAUAUGAGAGUUUUUUUGAUGGCUGGGACGUCACAAAAAAGAAGGACAAGACCAAAGGAAGACAGGACAGCCUGCUCAGCCAUGACCGCCACCAAGUGAAGCUCCACUCUCUGUUGGCAGACCCCAGCUCCGACUAUGUCAAUGCCAACUACAUUGACGGCUACCAGAGAUCCAACCACUUCAUCGCCACUCAAGGCCCUAAGCAGGAGAUGAUCUACGACUUCUGGCGGAUGGUUUGGCAGGAGAACUGCUUCAGUAUUGUCAUGAUCACCAAGCUGGUGGAGGUGGGCAGGAUGAAAUGCUGCAAGUACUGGCCUGAUGACACUGAGCUUUACGGUGACAUUAAGAUAACACUACUGAAAACAGAGACACUGGCGGAGUACACUGUGCGCACCUUUGCCAUGGAGAGGAGAGGUUACCCCGCCAAACACGAGGUGUGCCAGUUCCACUUCACGUCUUGGCCUGAGCAUGGUGUGCCAUACCAUGCAACAGGCCUACUGGCUUUCCUACGGCGGGUCAAGGUCUCAACUCCUCCAGACGCUGGUCCCGUUGUGGUCCACUGCAGUAUGGGGGCAGGCAGGACCGGCUGCUACAUUGUGCUGGAUGUCAUGCUGGAUAUGGCUGAGUGUGAAGGAGUGGUGGACAUCUACAACUGUGUCAAGACCCUGUGCUCCCAGCGCAUCAACAUGAUUCAGACUGAAGAGCAGUACGUGUUCAUCCAUGAUGCCAUCCUGGAGGCCUGUCUGUGUGGAGAGACUGCCAUCCCUGUGACUGAGUACACGCUCACCUACAAGGACAUGCUGAAGGUAGACUCUCAGAGCAACACCUCGCAGCUCCGAGAGGAGUUUCAGACGCUGAACUCGGUGACUCCUCACCUGGAUGUGGAGGAGUGCAGCAUUUCUUUGAUGCCCAGGAACCGCGAGAAGAACCGUAGCAUGGACGUGCUACCGCCGGAUCGCUCCCUGGCAUUCCUGGUCACAACUGAUGGCGAAAGCAGCAAUUACAUCAAUGCCGCCCUCGCUGACAGCUUCCUCCGGCCCGCUGCCUUCGUAGUGACGCCGCACCCCCUGCCGGGCACCACCACUGACUUCUGGAGACUCGUGUAUGACUACGGCUGCACAUCAGUGGUGAUGUUAAACCAGCUCAACCAAUCCAACUCUGCUUGGCCUUGUCUGCAGUAUUGGCCUGAACCAGGGCUGCAGCAGUUUGGGCCAAUGACUGUGGAGCUUUUGUCCAGGACGGCUGACGAUGAUGUUAUCAUCCGUCUCUUCCGGGUUCAGAACAUCACCCGGCUUCAGGAAGGCCAGCUUGUGGUUCGUCACUUCCAGUUCCUGCGCUGGUCCCCGUACCGCGACGUGCCCGACUCCAAGAAAGCCUUCCUCAGCCUUUUGGCUCAGGUUCACAACUGGCAGAGAGAGUGCGGCGAGGGACGCACCGUCGUACACUGUCUGAAUGGCGGCGGUCGAAGUGGUACUUUCUGUGCCUGCACCAUGAUCCUUGAAAUGAUUCGCCAUCAUAGCGUGGUAGAUGUCUUCUUUGCUGCCAAAACGCUGCGGAACUCUAAGCCAAACAUGGUGGAGACCAUGGAGCAGUACCGGUUCUGCUACGAGCUGGCCCAGGAGUACUUGGACUGCUUGGAAGUCAGAUAGCACCAAUCCCACACUUCGUGUCCGUCCUCAAGGAAAAGAUCUGGAUCCUGGACCUUGCAUCCUGGAUCUCCAGUCUUGGCUCCUUAGCUCAUGUAUACAGCUCUGGUUCUCUUCUUCGCCAUGCCUGGAUGAAAUAA